GUGUACGUGUGUGGGUGGAUGAGUAUGUGCGCUCGCGCGUGUGUGUGGGUGGAUGCUCCCUAAAUUUAGCUCCACGACCCAUAGCCAGUGGAGGCUCCGGCGAUUGUGUUGCUACAUUUCGUGUUAAAAUGCUAGACGCCCUACACAGCUGCGCGUCACAAGUGUUUAGUUACCAGACCCAAGUGCACUUUCAGGCCACACGACCUGACAGCGAAGAGAUAAAAGAAGCGAUUUUUGUCCCCGUUUCCCGCCCUUGCGUUGAGUUGACAUAUAAGCAGCAAUCAUGGGGCUUGUCGUGAUCAAUACGGGUUACCUGAAAACGAAGUCGGGCAUCAUGAAGAUCAUAGAAAUCGUGUGCGUGGUCUGCGCCUUCGGCCUCCUCCGCGGGAGCUCCCGCGUCUGCGGCCACACCACCGACUCGCAUUACCUCGGCGUCGGAGUCCUCGUGGCCGCCCUGAUGGUCACGCCGCUGCUCCUCAUCUCGUACAUGAUGGGCAAGAUGCAGAUCCAGAACACGUUCUUGGAAAUCGCCCUCAACGCCCUGUUCUCCCUUUUCCUGCUGGCGGUGGGCGCGGAUGCCCUCAGGGCCGUGGGCACCGCCUACACUAACCACUACAACAGGAAGUGCUUCGCUAUGGGCAUCUUCAGCAUCGCCGCCUGCAUCACUUACCUUCUGGAUACAGUGUUCUGUGUGAUGGUGUACAGGGGAAACAACUGAGAGUGAGGGCGUUUGGCACCUUUUGAUAUUGGUGUAUCUACUUAGGCAUUUGUUCCUCUCGCAUAUGUGCUGUUUACAAAUGCAGGUUGUUUACACCUAAGUAUACACACACACACACACAUAUACAUGUAUAUAUGUGUGUAUGUGUGUGUGUGUGUGUGUGUGUGUGUGUGUGUGUGUGUUUGUAUGUAUGUAUGUAUAUAUAUAU